AUGUUCUUUUCCAGACUCCUUUUCAUAGCGGCCUUUGCGCUGGCUGUCUCAGCCCUCCCGCAAUUCUAUCCUGGUGGCAGCAUGACUAGGCAUGAUGCAACUCCCACCUCCAGCACAAGCAUCAGCCCUACUUCCACUUUCGCCAGCAGCAGUGCCAGCCCCAGUGCCACAACCAGCAGCAGCGGCAGCGUCCAGAUCGUAAACAAACUUGACACCACCGUCUACCUGUGGUCGACCUCCGAUACCUCCAGUGCUAUGCAAACUAUCGCCUCCGGUGAGACGUACACCGAGACCUAUCGGACCAACUCCAACGGCGGCGGAAUCUCCAUCAAGAUGGCCACCACCGAGAGUCAGGCCAGCGUCCUCCAGUUCGAAUAUACCAAGGCCAGCGACACGCUCUACUGGGACUUGUCGGCAAUCGACAUGGACUCGGACUCGGAGUUCAUCACGGCGGGAUUCUCAGCUACACCUAGUGACGCAAGUUGCUCAUCCGUGACCUGUGCGGCCGGGGAAAGUGACUGCAGCGAGGUGUAUCAGGAGUCGGACGACGUUGCGACGCAGAGUUGCUCGGCUACUGCGGGAAUUACGACUGCUGUGAGACCUCCACGAUUGAGUGAGGGUCUGCCUAACAUGUCUUACUGCAAGGAUCAAAGUACGGUUGCGAUAUGCCACAUCAGUGUAUUUCUGUCCGUCCUUAUCCUCUACAUUGAGCACAAUGUCGCAGCUACGGUACUCGAAGCAGCAGUCGUAGUCCUUGCUUGUAGCAGAGAUGUCGUCUAUGAGAGAGCCACAAUCACCAUUGCAUGUCCAGGAACAUUGACAGUAGCGGCUCCUCCACUAAGCGACACGGUUGUUCCGCUAACUUUAUUGUGA